AUGGGUAAGAAAACAAAAGAUGCAGUGGAUGCUCCGAAGAAAGAAGUAAAGGUAAAACAACCGAAAGUAAAAGCUCCUGUCGAUCCUGUCAAGACAAAUAAUCUUAUUCGUUUAUUGAAUAUCCUUGCUUUAUUAUUAGCUAUCGGAGCAUUUUUGCUUCAAUUAACUGCUGUAUUAUCUCAUCAUUGGAAAUGGCAAAAAGUAGCGCUAGGUUCAUUAAUGUCUCAAAAUCACCAUGCUCAUACAAAUGUUCAUGAAGAUAGUAGCCUUUAUCAGAACUUUGGUUUAUUUUCACGUGAUGUCAAACUUUUUGCUAACAAUGAUGAACAACUUGAAGUUGAAGGAAGUACACGUUUUCCAAGAGUUGAUGAUACUGAGGAAGCUAUUCAUCAAUGCUUAUCUCAAACACCAACUCUUCGUGGUGUAUUUCUUGCAUGUUCGGAACAAAUCUCUUCACCAAAAGAAUGUCACUGUAGACGACAUCCUUACUGGAAUGCUGUUAUUUUCUUUGAAAUAGCUGCAUUAGUUUUUCUUGGAAUUGUCGUAUUUCUUACCGCUUUGCUUACAACACAUCUUCAUGCUUUACUUAAACUAGCAGCAGCUGGUUUAGCAUUACUUGCUUUUCUAUUUCUAUUCAUUGGUCUUAUAUUAAUUCUCAGUUAUCGUAAACGUGAAACGCAUUCGUUAGCUGAUGCGUAUCCACAUAUUUAUAAUCGACUUGCUAGCUUAUUUCACCUUCCUCAUGACACACGUCGGGCUGUUAAAGGUAAUCCAAGUGUACUUCAUGAAGCGAUUCGCCGACAAGCACAAGAAUUUUAUCGAGCAUAUCCUUUAGUACCUGGUCAAUAUCCAUUCAAUGAAACACAUUUCACAGAAUAUUCGGAACAAGCACGUGCAUGGAUUCAUACACCAUAUUCAAGUGUUGUUCCACACGUUCCUGCUAAGCCACUUACACUACGAGACCCAGACAUUCAUCAAUUUGCUCCAGUAACAACUGUGGCUGCUGCUACUGCUGCCGCUGCGGCUGGUGGUGCUGCACCAUUAUAUAAUGCAUAUGGUCCAUUAGCUGGUUAUAAUGAAGUUUUUGAUCAUACAGAUGCUGGCAUUGGUUGGUCGACUGUUUUAUCAAUUUUUGCUCUCAUUCUUGCAUUACUUUUACCAUUACUUCUUAUUUUGUCGUGGCUUAAACAUAAAAGUUUAUCACCCGAUUCAAGGAAAGUUGUAACAACAAGUGUUAAAACUGAAUAUACAGCUGUACCACAAGAAGUUUCAAUUGACUCACCAGAAGCAAGAUUAAUUCCAGCUGAUUAUGACCCACAACGUCAUAUUGGAGACGCUGUCGUAAAAGCACAAAAUAUUGGCCAAGGCGACUAUAGUAAUCCAGCUGAACCAAUUAUUGUACGCGAUGUUAUAAUUCGUAGUGACCAACCAGUACCACAAAUAGUUCAGCAACAUGGAUUUCCGGUUACUAUUGAGACAAAUCAAACAGUCUAUCGCACUUAA